GACAAAUCGAAUUUACUGUAAGUUCGCCCAUCUCUAGUUUCCAGCUCUCUUUACGUCACUGCUGCAAAGAUGAACUGUUCUGACCUGUGACGCAUGCAACCAAUCACUGGGCCUCACGGUGACAUACACUUGGUAUAUAUGGUAGUAUGGCGAAAGCAUCAUGUGAUGUCAUCAGAGACUGGUGGGGGGAGUAAAUGAUGUUCUGACUGCAGUGUUUCCCAACCAGGGUGCCUCCAGCUGUUGCAAAACUACAACUCCCAGCAUGCCCGGACAGCCAAAGGCUGUCCGGGCAUGCUGGGAGUUGUAGUUUUGCAACAGCUGGAGACACAUUGUUUGGAAAACACUGUCUUACUGGUUAUAUUAAUAAGCAGCUGCUAGGAGAUUGCUGUAAAGCUGUAAUCCUGACCCCGCAGCAUCAUCUAUAUAUACAGUAUGAAUGGAGUCUUCUCUCUCCUCAUACACGACCUCCAUUACACUUCUUCCCCGGCCGGGGGGUUAUGGUGGAGAACUGUCCUCAUGGCCUCCAAUCACCUGCAGAAAACCCGGACCGGAGCCUCCACUUCUCCGCCAUCUUGGCUGCGUGACGUCACUCAGGCGGCGCCGUCGGCGGUUGAUGACGUCAGAGAAGCUGAAGUGGUUAUGAGAAGUGUAGGCGGCGCAGUGUGCUGAGGCAUCUCAUCAUGCCCAAUUGUGUUGUGCGUGGUUGUCUUCCCACAAGGAAGAAGCGUGAUUCCUCUGUGAUUCUUCAUGGUUUUCCAAGAGAACCUGAAAAAAUCAAGCUUUGGCUUCAUCAGACAGGACAAUAUGGCUCAGACAUUGAUGACAUGGUUGUAAAAGUAUAUCUAGGAAAAGUGAAUGACUCGUAUAGGAUGUGUUCCUUACACUUCACAAAUGACAGUUACCGCUAUGAUGGUUAUCGGAGGACAUUAAAAAAGACUGCCAUACCCACUAUUUUUAAUUCAAUAACACCAUCUACAGUUCUAUCUUCAGUAUCUUCAAAUAUUCCCUCAGUGUCUGGGCCAUCAAGUUCUUCUAGUGAACAACAAAUUCCCUCUGCUCCAUUUGCCGACAGCCAGAAGCCAUCUAGCACUGCUACAGUUCAUGCAUAUCGGGUUGAGUUUCCAGUUACUAAUUCAAAGGCCUCCUUACAACCCACCAUUCAGCAAAUGACUUUAGUUCCUGUGGUCCCUCAACAUGUUUUUUUCCAAGCAUGCGGAGUCAGUCAAAAUCCUGAUUCCAUAGUUGGUGACAAAUCCUCAUCGCCUAUUCAACCAACUAAUAUGCAAAUACCUUCUGCCUUGUCUGGAGUAAGUCAGCAGUCAUCUAAAACAAUACCUUCUACCUCUGUAAUUUUAGAAGUACCAGUGUCCUUAUCAUCAUGUGCUACACAGAGUAAAUCUGGAAUUUCAGAACUUACAGCCUCAUCCCAUGGUGGUCAGCUGCAGCAAAAAUCUUCAUCUUCUGUUAGUACGAAUUCCAACUUACCUUUGGAUACCCAGCUCUGGCCAGAAGCUACAUCUUUAAGCACCACGACUUCCUGUUCAAAAAUAACCUUAUCUCCAGCAUCAUGUCCACUAAUGUCUACAGCUGCAUUUGACAAAACUCUGAAUGCUCAACCAACUGAUAUUCCUUUGACUGUUGUUAGUGAAACAAAUCCAUGCUCCACGACAGUUCUUCCAGUGUCUGGAAAUGUGUCUUCUGUGACACAGACGCCACCAACAUCUGCUUUGCCACACAAACCACCACCUAUAUCUGUUUUUCAUAUUCCACUUAAAACACCUACUUCACAAAUGGUACCUUCUAACUGUCUGCCACCAUCAAAGAAAAGAAAAUUGGAACCCAGUGCUGCAUCCUCUUCUGGUCAAAUCAUUUUCCCUAAGCCUUGCAUAAGCCAACCAACUGUUAAUACAGGUAAUCUUUAUUUUUUAUCAAACAGUGCGCCAUUGGUUCAGACAUCUUGUUUGAUUCAGAAGCCUUUAAUGGUUGACAAAGGUGUCAAUACUGACUUCUCAACAAAUAGAAAAAGUUGCUGUGUUGGCACUGACUUAAUGUAUAGGAGAAGAAAUGCACGCACACAGACUAAGAUAUAUACUAAAGAUCGUAAAAUUAUGUGCACUUUAUUAGUUCCAAACGAAGAAACUGAUGAUUCAUCAGUAUCUGAUGUCAGCCCGGAAGACAUAGAACUUAAGGACCCGAGUCCUUCCAGCUCAAGUGAUAAUGACAAUGAGCCGUGUGAAGAUUUAGAAACUGUCAAUUUAGAUUUUGUUAAAGUUGAAAUUGUAUCGGAUUCUGAAGUUGAUGCAUUUGUACAUAGUACUUUAGCUGUAAAACAAGAAAAUGAUUCAUCUGCAGGACAGGUGUUUCCAUCCCCAACUUAUGUUAAUAGUAACUUUAAAAUCCCAGAGUUUGACAUGAGUACACUGAUGAUAGAACCUACUAUCAAAACAGAGCACAAUCAGUUUCCAAUUUCUAAGCCUUCACAAGAUUUCACUCACUUUGUAUCACAAAAUCCCAAAAUUGAAAGGAUUUCGCCCAUUCCACAUGAACAUUUUUCUCCAGUUUACAAACCUACAUUGUCAUGGGAAACAUCUGCCAUACAGACUGAUGAUGAAUCAGAGGACUUCAAUGAUAACUUAUUCUGUAUCAAUGAAUUAAGUGAGGAUGAGGAUGAAUCCUUUUUAGUUCCAAGUGAUGCAGAAGAUGAAGAUGACAUAAAACAUGUCUUCCAGGACUUGGAUUCACCAGUGGAGAAUCUUGUUGAAGAAGAAAAGUAUAUUGUGUUUGAAUCCUGUCUUAAGAAACUGAUAAUGAUGAUACCGUGUAGAUCCGAAACAAAAUGUAUGUCACCACUCACUCAAUACAGAAAGGAAACUGUUGGAUCAUAUUUGUCAGUAGAAGCUCGUUGCAGUUCUGGUCAUACAAGUUUACUGUGGGAAAGCCAGCCAAGACAUGGAUAUGAACCCUUGGGAAAUGUUCUGUUAUCUGCUGCAGUGCUAUUUAGUGGUUCCAGUUUUGUAAAAUCCCAACAUAUGUUUAAAUUGAUCAAUUUGAAAUCUAUAGACAAAACUACUUAUUCUAGAAAUCAGUCUAUGUACCUGUUUCCAACCAUCAAUCAUCACUGGAAGGAGGAACAAAAAGCAGUCAUACAAAGUGUCCAGGAAAGGCCGCUUUGCUUGGCAGGAGAUCAACAACUAGACAAUCCUGGAUUUUCUGCCAAUUAUUCUACAUAUUCCUUGAUGGACGUGGCCAGCAAAAAAAUUUGUUCCUUUUCAAUAGAGCCAUUGACUCCACAAGUGACAUUGGAAGGCCUAGAAAAAAUAGGAUUCCAAAAGACUAUGGAGGAACUCCAAACUAUGAAUGCUGAUGUGAAGAAGAUUGUUACUGGCAGGAGUGUUGCUGUACAAGAAAUUCUGACAGACCGUUAUCCACGUAUUGUACAUCAACUAGAUCUAUGGCACCUAUUUAGAUCAAUUGGUGAUGACAUUUUAGUGGCAGCUAAACAUAAAGACUGUGAAAUCUUAUAUCAAUGGGUGGAGGCCAUCAGAAACCAUCUUUGGUGGAGCUUGUGCACAUGUUGUAAAAACCCUGAUUUGUUAAUCAAAAAAUGGAAAUCAGUUAUUCAUCAUGUUACCAAUAUUCAUGAAUGGGAUGGUGAUAGUGAUUGUAGAGCAUGUCAUCAUCCACCGCUCCCAGAAGAAGUGGUGAACAAUACAAACUGGUUAGAAAAAGGUUCAGCCGCCCAUGAACAGCUCAAAAAUAUUGUAGAAAAUACCAGUUUAUUAAAGGACUUAAAACAACUGUCCUUCCAUUGUCACACGGGAGAGUUAGAGAUUUACCAUAAAACAUGCCUUAAAUAUCAUCCAAAAUCAUUACAUUUCUUCAAGGACUCUAUGGUAGCACGUACACAACUUGCAGCCCUUGACCAUAACAGAAACGUCCAUACAGUUAAGACUUUGGUGAAAACUGCUUCAAGUGGAUAUGCGUUAGGUAGUAUGACACAGAGAUUAGAGAUCUCCAAAAGUCAAAAGUCGUGGAUUAUGAAAGCGCUGUAUAAACCAACGUGCCAAAAUUUUAUUUUUGACAUUAUGAAUGAUGUCAUAGCACUUGUAAAAGAGGAAAAAACAUUUCAGUGACCCUCCAGUUAUGAAAAACGUAACACAGGUUUAUCCGAGAUAAUUUCAAAACAACACAGCUGUGGUCAAUUAUAGACAGUUAAUGUAUAUUUGUACCAACCCAAAAUUUGUAUAACUUGUACAUUUGGAAUUAUCUAUUUUAUAAAGUUGUUGGUAUCUACUUACAUUAAGAAAUUAUUUGUGGUACCGAUUUUUUUGUAUAUUUCUAUUUUAUAAUUAAAUAGACUACAAA